GGAGUCUUGUUCUCAGUUGGCAAUCAUCCGUGAGGUGUAUGAUAGUGACACUGCGCAUGAAACUUUUGAAUUGGAGUUGGAAAGAGCAUUGGAAAAAGGUGUGGCAACCAUUGUUAUAGAACCAACACCACUAGGAGACGAGACUGCCAGAUGGAUUGCUGUUGGGAACUGCCUUCACAAGACAGCAGUAUUAGCUGGAUUUGGCGCUAUAACAUCAGGUCUGAUAUGGAGAGAGACAGCUUAUGUUUGUGUCCCACUUGGCACUUUGUCUUUAUUCUGCACUGGAGUUUAUACAGCAUCAUGGCAGUUUGACCCUUGUUGCAAGUAUCAGGUUGAAUAUGACUCUGGUCGAUUGUCACGCUUACCCCUUCAGUCACUGUCGUCUGCAUCACCAGUUGUUUUGGUGCGAAGGGAUGACUCUAGAAGAAAAAUUCUACACAGCUGUGUCUCUCUAGUUGCAUUUUCAUAUUGCAUGUGGAGACUUUAUCAGAUGUAUAAGUAGGUUUAAUGAAAAAAUAUUGAUUGUAAAUUUAGUACUGCAUCAAUAAGGCUACCGUAUAUAUUAUCUAGACAGUGUAUCAGUUGUGUAAUGGGAAGUUCAUUAUACAAAUAAAAAAUGUACACAGAUUGAGAUUGUACACAUUAUACAGAGAGAAUUGAAUGAAUUUAUCAAACACUGCCCCUGUGAACUGCAGUACAGUAUAUAAACGUUUACAGGAGUUUGUUUUCAGCAGGUAGUCUAAUUACUGUGACGUCUGUAUUUAUUAUAUUAUGUUAUUUAAUUUCUGUUUAAGAAUGCCACAUUAACUAAGUUGUGUAUUUUUACACAGCUUUUUCUCCAGUAGCAAUGAUGACUUAUUAACUUGAGGUAUAAAGUAAGCAGAGCAGCAGCAUUGACAUGAGAGAAGUAAAUGCAACAAAUCUGUUAUUAAUUAGCUAAAACUUCAAAAGCUAAGCUCAAGGUCUGCUGCUGCACUCUGGUCAGUUGAUUAAUUCUUAUAAAUGAUAUACUUUGUUAGUGAAGCAUGUUGCUUUUUAGAGCAGUUUACCUGGAGUUUACCUGGAGAGAGUUCCGGGGGUCAACGCCCCCGCGGCCCGGUCUGUGACCAGGCCUCCUUAGGUCAGUGUCCCAGGAUGCGACCCACACCAGUCGACUAAUACCAAGUACCCAUUUUACUGAUGGGGAACAUAGACAACAGGUGGAAAGAAACAUGUCCAAUGUUUCUACUCUGGCUGGGAAUCGAACCCAGGCCCUCACUGUGUGAAGCGAGAGCGUUAACCACCAGGCCACCAGUCAGUCUCAGAAAUUCCUCCUCAUUGAAGGAUUUGAGGUAGACAGUUUUAAAAUUUAAUAUUAUAAUCCUAUAUUUUGAAGUUUCCUCCAUUAUGUUACUGGUGGUAGUUUCAAAAGAAAAAAAAAUGAAAAGUAAAUAAUUUCAUGGUUGAGCUUAUUUUACAGAUGAUCAUUAAAAUAAAUAAGACAGUACAAUGCUAUUGUGUCAUACCACCAAUUGGUUGACACAAUAAAAUAUGUAAUGUACAGAAGAAUCCCAGCAUAUCUCAUUUUGACAAGUGUUCUUCAGAUAUGAAUAUACAUGAUUUCAUCUUCUUUUAUAAAGGAGCAUGAAAUAAUGCCUAAAAUAUGCAUGAUAAUGGAUCAGCAUUCUGUAUUUACCCUUUUUUAGGGAUCAUAUAAUUAAUCUUUUAUUAUUUACACUAAAAAGUGAAUUAAUUUGUAUUGCAAAUCUUUAUUUUUCUCACUUGUAGUUUUAUGCUUGUGUUGAAAAUGUGAGAGGCUCAAAUUUCUGAAUUCAUAUGCUUAAUUAAAGCAUAGGUUUUAUAUGUAAAACUUUAUUUUGCUAAUAUACUUUAUAUUUUUUUCAUUAAAUGCGAAAGAAGCCUCUUGAAAUAGUAAGAUUAAGUUUGUAAAGGACCCAGGGUAACUGUGCUGUACAUGAUAGUUUGGUUAAUCAAAAGACCUGGUGUAUCAACAUCCUGUUAACUUCCAUAGAUUGUGGGUUAUCAUCAUCAUAUAUAUAAAAUAUAUAAAAGGAAGUUAUUUAUUAUAGAGCUUAAGGUUGUUACCUUCUUACUAAGAGGAAGGUAUCACCUACAAGGUCCAAGGGAACAACUCCAUGAAUAAAGAGAUGUUACUGACACAAUGUGAAACCGAGAAAGAAAUGUACAUAAAAUAAAGCUAUCAUCCAUAGGUUCAUGGGUAGCAACCUCUUGUAUGAGUAACUACCCACCAUGUUUGUUAGGGAACUAACUUUCUGAAUAAAAGGAAAUUAACUGAUUUAGGAUCCAGGAUAACUUUGAGGGAGGCAACUGUCAUGGACAUUAAGGUCAUUAUACUCUGAGACAAGGGUUACAAUAAUUACAGUGGCCAAGGGGAAAUUACUCAAGGAUAGAGAGCUACAGUACAGUAUAAUGUAUAUCCACCAGUGAAAAGAAAAAUUGCUUUGAGAGAUCUGAGCGCUUUGUCAAGAUCAAAUGUCAGCACAUAAUAAUAGUAAUUAUCAUUUCUUUAAAAUGUACUUGGUUAUUUUAAUGGAUAUUAUAAUGAAUUGGUUAACAGUUUGUGUGCAGAAAAUUUGUUGCAUGUUUUAAGGAAAGCGCCUUGUUACAUGAAGCAUUUCAGGAAAAUUCUUUAACCCAGGGAAUUUAGUUUCCAAAAGUUAACCUCAGAAGCAAAAGAAAGCCUUUGUUAAUAUUCAAGUGAGGCAACUGCUGGUAGAAUUAAGAAUUAUUAUUACAUUCAUAAGGGGAACACUAAACCCAUAGGGGUCAUACUGUGUCAGGGAAUGGAAGCAACCAGAUUCAGUUCAAGGAAAGAAAGGGUAAUUCCAGUACUUUGGAUCAACAGCCCUUCACUGGAUUAAAGGAAAAUCUACAGAAGGCCAUCGGUAGCAACUUAAGGAGAAAAAUACAUUUGUUGACUAAUGAAUGAGCAAGAGGGAGCCAACACAGAACUUAGUGGAACAAAAUUCUGUAAUGAGUUUAUCCAGCACAAUCUUCCUGCUUUUAUGAAUCAAUUUUGGUUCUCAAACUGAUAAUUCAGGGUACUACAGUACUCCAUAAUUUAAUGGACCACAUUUGUCAUACUACAAUACUGUAUAUGAAUGAAACAGAUAUCCCUUUUCGGUGGGUGAGAGGGAAAGGGGGGUCAUCUUUAAGGUUGUACAGACAGUAUUUAGAUACUGUAGUGUAGUCUAUACAUACAUUUAUAAUUACAUGUCUUUAUUUUGUAACAGUGAAUUAAACCAAAUACCACACAAUAAUUUUUUUAUUACACCAAUAAUAAGCCUAGUUACACAAAGAGAACACGGUUCUUUAUGAUGACUAUUUUGCACUGCCAGAGAUCAGAAUUCUUAGAACUCCAUAAAAAAAAACUGAAAAAUAACUAUAAUGAGCCUUUAACUUGCUAUGGAAACAGUAUAAACACAGGCCUAAUCUC